GCCAGUGAGUGAGUUGUUGCGGGAUGAUGACGUCAGACUAAACGAAACAAGUCAUGUUACUGUAGUCCCAUUUCCUUCUUCCUGACUCUAGGGUUUUUAGUCCAGCCGCGGAUUCCGAAGGAAUAAUGUCUCAUCAAACGGGUAUCGAAGCUGCUGAUGAUGUGAAAGAAAUAUUUGCCAGUGCCAGGAAUGGAGACUAUCGGCUGCUGAAAAUUGUGAUUGAGAAUGAGCAGUUAGUGGUUGGCGGAUCCAAGCAAGCCACUCAAAGUUGGGACCAAGAGUAUGACACCUCUGUCCUACCACUGUUAGAAAAUGACCUGCCCUGCUACAUCCUCUACAGACUGGACUCCUCCAACAAUCAGGGUUAUGAAUGGAUCUUUAUUGCCUGGUCCCCCGACCAUUCCCCUGUGCGACCUAAAAUGCUCUAUGCUGCUACAAGAGCCACACUGAAAAAAGAGUUUGGCGGUGGUCACAUCAAGGAUGAGGUGUUUGGCAACGUUAAGGAUGAUGUGUCGCUCAGUGGAUACAGGAAGUAUCUAACUGCUCAAGCCGCUCCCCUGCCUCUGACUGCUGCUGAGGAGGAACUGAGACAGAUCAAACUGAGCGAGGUGCAAACUGACAUCAGCGUGGACACCAAACAGCAGACCCUCCAGGGUGUCGCUUUCCCUCUACAUGGGGAUGCCAUGAAUGCUCUGGAACAGUUCAAGGACAAGAAGUUCAACUACGUUCAGCUUGAAAUCAACUUUGAUAAAGAACUCAUAAUCCUGUCUAACACUGAUCCAACGGAAAUUAAAGACUUGCCUAAAAGGAUCCCAAAGGACUCUGCACGUUACCACUUCUUCCUGUACAAGCACUCACAUGAGGGUGACUACUUGGAAUCCAUAGUCUUCAUCUACUCCAUGCCUGGCUACAGCUGCAGUAUCAAAGAAAGAAUGCUCUACUCCAGCUGUAAAAACCCCCUGGUGGACAUGGUUGAAAACCAGCUUAAUAUGGAGAUUGAGAAGAAGUUGGAGAUCGACAAUGGAGACGAACUGACAGCAGACUUCUUGUAUGAGGAGGUUCACCCUAAGCAGCAUGCCCACAAACAAGCGUUUGCCAAGCCCAAGGGUCCCGCCGGCAAGAGGGGGGGACGCCGAAUCACUAGGCCGCCAGGAGAGGAUGACUGCGAUGAUUAGGCAGAUGGACGCUUGCACACUCCCAACUUUCACCCUCCUUUCAAACUCCAUAGUGGAACAUUCCAGAAGAUGGAGGAAAAAGCCCAUUCAACAUAAACCUCCAUGAAUCUUUUUUUUUUUUUUUUUUUUUUUUUUUUUUUUUUUUUUAAACCCAACUCCGACCCACCCUCAACGCUGAACUAUGCACGCACAGGAAGAGAAGCCCUUCCGUUUGUAAACACACACAUUAACAUCCACACACACUUGUAGCAUAUCCAGAUUGAGAGUGUGAGCCAAUUAAGCAUUCCUUGAAUUAUUAUUAAAAGGCUGGGACAUGGUCAACAAGAGGUUCCCCGCUGCUAUUGUGCACCAAUGCGAGUGAUCUUCCUAGUGUCCAGCAUUUACCAUUCCAAUUCAUUUUAAUGUCUUUUUUUAUAUUUUUAAAUGCACCUAAGGCCUCAGUUGUAUACAAAUGUCUUAACUGCAACCAGCAGCACCAUAAACACAGAAUUAAACAGGGAAUGUGCGAUGUCAUGCAUAGUAUUUUCCAUGCAUAGCCUUUCUUUUUAUAACACAAGAACAGGUGUCAUGUUUUGAUAUAACUGUGGUUUACACAUGGACCCAUCUGCCAAGAAACUUAUUUUUCUAUGCAAGUGUACAGAAAUGGUAUUCUCGUGGAAAAAAGUUACGUCUGUCUGGAAUCUCUCUGUCAGUGGUCACUGCAUGCAUCAUUUGUUUUAGUGAAUGCUCCCGUUUCACAUCAUUGAUAAUCAAUUAACUUUGUUACAGUAGCUGCCACAAGCUUUCAAAUAGCCUGGGUGCAAAGCAUGCACACUGUAGCAAGAGGUUACUAGAUAGAAUCUGGGCUGUCUGAAGAACAUGCUUCUACUGAGGUUAGACCACUAUGGAACAUCUCGUAUCCUAGUGAAUGUCUCACUAACAUGACAUGAUGGAACUGUCUUAAGUAUGGUAUUAAGUAUGCCGUUCUCUGUUUAACAGUUGUAUUUUUUAAAAGAAAUAAAAUAUUUAAAUCUCCA